AUGAUGAUCUACGAGAGGCCGGUUCACAAUGUCGUUUCCCCCAGACCCGGCUCGCCGCCUAGCAUGACGACUUCCAAGUCGUCGAAGGCGUCUUCACUUACCUCAAUUCAUUCGGACGAAGGCAGCGUCCUCGCCGAUGUGAGCAAUUUCGAGGAUAUAGGGCUCGACGAUACUCAGAUCAACCCGCGCAGAUUGUCAGACGAGCACCUGAAGCAUCCUUCAAAUCCCUACAGCCCGUCCUUCUCGUCAGACCUGCGAGCCGUGACGAAGAAGCCGCUCUCGGCCUCUACCCCUCGAUUGCAGUAUUCGCGAGAUUUGUCCAGAGGCCGUCAAAAGCGCGAUUCCCCACCUCUCGCCCAGAGGCGACCGUCCCUCCCCAAGCUUCAAAGCCACAUCCGAAGCGCCAAUGAACGCGUCUCAGGUUUGGGGCUCCUGCCGGAGCCUCAGACAAGUCCGCUGCCAACGCGUAACCUCGCUGCUCUGCCGUCCCAUCUAUCCGUGAGCCGGCACCGAAGUCCCAGCCCCGCGCUCUCUGUAAGAGACCCGAAUUUCAUGAUGAAGCCACGGAGGAGCAGUUGGCAGUCAAACAGGGAGCGCAAAACGAUCUUGGAGUUGGAGCUUGAGUGCGAUGAAGAUGAUGGAGACGACAUUCCUGAAGGUCUUGUAUUGGACAACGUACCUCUUUCGCCGAGGCCACCUUCCGAAAGGUGCCAAAGCCGUGCUUCCUCCAAGGCACCAUCUCCGGAGCGCCACCCCAAGGAUAGAGUGCGCAGUUUCGGUAACGGCACACCCCCAGUAGCUCUCGCUCAAGGAUCUCUCCGAUCGCCGACUUGGAAGUCGGAUUCGGCGCUCUCCACGCCCAGUUCCGCUGCGUCAAGCCGAGUUCCUAGUCCGGUUGCCUCGAAAGCAAAGAGCUGGUCCGCCGUGCUGUCAGACCUGAAUGCCGAGGCCAAAGCGUUGACAGAAAAGUUGGAGGAACAUGCUAGCGAGAUGGAGCAUAAAGCUCAGCGGUCCAGCACCGGCUCUAUGCCAAUCGCUAGGAGGUCGUCGGAUCCAGAAACUAAACCAAGAGUGAAAUCAGCCUUAGCAGAGUUGCCCCCUCUGCGUAGGUCUAACAUUAUGAUCGAUCCUUUACCCAUUUCCAAGGAAAAAGAGGCAGUGCUCUCGCGCACACGCCCCUCAUGGCUUCCGCCCAAAGACCCAGCCGAAGAACGCCGCCACUUGAAAGAGUACCAAAAGAUGAUGGCCCAGAGCCUGGAAGCAGAGCGCCGUCGUCAGACAGCCAAACGCGCCCGAUCAGAGUGCCGCGAUGUUGCAGCCGACAGCAUAAUGCAGAUAUGGGAGCACGACAUCAUUCCCCGGUGGAAUGAUGCGAUCAGAGAGCGCAGGACGAGGGAUAUGUGGUGGCGCGGAAUCGCGCCCCGUAGCCGAGGCGCAGUCUGGACUCGGGCAAUUGGAAACGACCUUGGCCUUACCACGAUUUCCUUCGAGGCCGCCCUCGGCCGGGCGCGCGACGCGGAGGCAAAGGCAAAAUCAGGACAUGGGAGCGCGGCGGACAUGCGCGCCUUAUCUUGGUUCGAUAGGAUCAGCAACGACGUUCGGGAGCGCACAUGGCCUGAACUACGAAUCUUCCAGCCCGGCGGCCCCCUUCACCAAAGUUUGUUGGAUGUCCUGAGAGCGUACGCCAUGUAUCGGAGCGACAUUGGAUAUGUGCCAGGCUGCAACACGAUAGCAGCUCUCCUGCUCCUCAACCUCUCGACAGCCACAGAUGCAUUCGUGUCACUGGCCAACGUCCUCAACCGCCCUUUGCCCCUAAGUUUUUACGCAUGCGAUGUUGGGGCAAAGACCUCGGCCUAUAACCUUGUCCUGCAUACCCUCUCGAAUAAAUCCCCGAAUCUACACAACCAUUUGAUGCGGGUUGCCGAUCUCGACCCAGAACUAUACCUUAACGAUAUUUUUACCAGCCUGUUUACCCGUUAUCUUGCCCUGGACGAGACCACACGAUUAUGGGACGUAUAUGUCUUUGAAGGUGACUCUCUGCUGAUCAAUGCGGCCGUCGCGUUGCUGCAACAGAGGGAGAUGGGUCUGCUGCAGGCAAAGACUGCGGCAGAGGUGAAGACCGUCAUGGGCACGGCAUCAGAUGUGGGGAAAGGUCGACGUGUCGUUGGAGGGAACGGAGAGGAGGAGAAGUGGAUGCGCGCCGUCAGGGAUGCCGGGAAGGCCUCGGCUUAG